CCAAGUACUAAAAUGUGAGUGGUUGGUGAAGGUGAAACUCCAACUCCUUUUUUCUAGUACGGAGCCGCGGUGACAACGGUUGCAUGAUGCGUCAAACACCAUCUUCCACUUCCUCUUUCAAUGCAACGGUAAUUCUCCGCGAAAUUUCAAACUCAACUGACCCUCGCCAUGUCAUAUUUCGUAAGCCCAGAGUUCCUCCGAGUUCUCCUUCUGGGCUUCAUCACCAGCCUGCAUAUGACAUGGCGACGGCUCGUCAACCAAAUCGUCCCGGUGCCCUACCUCGAUGAGGUCUUCCACGUCCCUCAAGCUCAGGCAUAUUGGCUGGGAAAAUGGUCUCACUGGGAUGCCAAAAUCACGACACCAGCCGGUCUGUACGUCUACUCGUACUUUGUCAAUUCGAUCAGGGAUUUCUUCACGCUCGACUUCAAACCAUCCAUUAAUCAAUGGAGAGCUACCAACGUAUUACUGCUGUACAUCUUACUUGUCGCAUUGUACAUUUUGGCGGCCAUAUCAAAGAGAUCCGUCAACCACGAUGGCAUUCUGCAGCGCGAAUUCAACAUCGUCAUGUUCCCGUUGAUCUUCUUCUUUUCCGGAGUAUACUAUACCGACCUAUUCAGCGUCUUCAGCGUCGUCCUCACGCAUAUCUUCUGGUCCGCGGGCACGUCCGCGACAGGGUAUACGAAGACCUCGUACCAAGCUCUGCAUCUCGUGGCAGGCCUGAUAUCCCUUGCCAGCCGACAGACAAACAUCUUCUGGGUUGCCGUCUAUCUGGGAGGCCUACAGGUCAUUGAGACUGUCAAAGGCCAGGUCGGGCCCAACAAGGUUCAUGAUCCGCCUAUCUCAGAAGCAUAUUUCGAAGAGUUCCCAAUCUUCGGCAUUUCUAUCGCCCAAUACGCAAUCAACGUGAUCCCCCAGCUCCUCAUUGACCUGUGGCCACAAAUAUCCCUGAUCAUUUCCUUCGCCGCCUUCAUCCUCUGGAACGGAGGCGUCGUCCUCGGCGACAAAGACAACCACAUCGCCACCAUCCACCUCCCUCAGAUGCUAUACAUCUGGCCAUUCAUCGUCUUCUUCUCUUGGCCCGUCCUCUUACCUCAACUCGCUCAACUUUCAAGUUUUCGACGCCGCCUCCCCAGGCUCAGCACAGCACUCUGCUUCAUGAUCCUGAUGCUCGGCGUCGUCAAGUUCAACACCGUCAUCCACCCGUUCACACUCGCCGACAAUCGCCACUACACCUUCUACGUCUUCCGCAUCCUCCGCCAGCACUGGCUCGUCAAGUAUGCCGCUGUCCCGAUAUAUUUUGUUUGCGCCGCCCUGAUUAUCGGAGCACUAGGUGGAGGACCCGGAGAGGUUCGAAGCGAGUCUGAAGCGGCGCAGAACCGUGUCUUGUACGGUGCAGAUACGGUACACGUGAGCUUCACGUUGGUCUGGCUUAUUGCAACCGCUUUGUCCCUUGUUAGCGCACCCCUUGUCGAACCUCGGUACUUCAUUCUGCCAUGGCUUAUGUGGAGGCUGGCUGUGCCGGAGUACAUGCCGAUACCGAAACCUGACGAACAGCAGAAGGCAGUUGACGGGAAUUCGAAGGACGCGCCACAGCGUGGCUCAAACUCCCCGUCACCUUCGCUAGUCCAGCAGCUGCUGAAGACAGUGGCUGCCUACGCGAAUGUGCUGGAGCUGAUAUGGUAUAUUGCAAUCAACCUGGGCACGUGCUAUAUCUUCUUGUACAAAGGAUUCGAAUGGCCACAGGAGCCAGGAAAUAUUCAGCGCUUCAUGUGGUAAACACGCUGCGAUUAUGUACAAUCCAAACAAGGUUUUCUGGCUGAGCGGGCUAUAUUAACAGCUUAAAUAGCACAUAAAAAAUGAAAAUAACUUCAAAGUCUGUAAGGCUCAAUAUUUUGAUUUUGUUGAUGCUAAAGUACAUGUCAGCGAGUCUAGUUGGGCGCAUAUCAUCUAGCAUGCCAAUUAA